AGUUUGAGGAGGUAGUACGGAGUACAUAGUGGAUUUAUCCAACGCCCACAGAAGCGCUAGGGGUUGCGAAUGAUAGGGGAUUAGGAGGACCUUUUGAUAUGGAAAUCUGAUCCACAGUGUACACUGCAGCUAGAUGUCAUGGCGAUCGCCUUCGACCUAGGUAUAGAAUAUCUUCCAAGUUUUAGGGGCUCCUAAUGAUCUGCUGGAUAUUCAUAACUAUUUCUCGACUUGAAACGCCGCUUGGGGAUUCACACCUGGUCCUCCCAUUGUCAGCACAGCCACGAUUGGGAAAGGAUAAACAAGCCAAGAUCGACGGGUUCGCUAUCAUCCAUAGAAGCACUAUUGCUCAGUUUCUUUUUCCAGCGUCCAAAGGAUACGCUAGAGGGAUGACAUGGCCCAAUGACCGGUCCAAGGCACCGACAGAGGUUCCCGCCAAGCGUGGAGGGGACUGCGGGAAAUGGAAUAGAGAAGGAGCAGAAGAGGGUGAAAAAGGAGGCAUCUGCAAAUCCACGAUAACGGGCGAUCAGGGGACUUUGCUCUCAAUUUACCUUCCAUUCCAAAUCCUUUGUUGUCUUGGUUUCUACGCUCCCAAUAUCCUUGUCGCCCAUCGAUUCCCUUUCGUACCUAGCAAAAUGCCUGGUGUUCCACCCAAUGCGCUCCAGCAGUUGAAGAAGGGCCUCAAGUCCAUCUUUCGCAAAAAGAAGAAGGCUGCCGUCGCUGCUCCUGUUGUCGACCAGCCCGCAGAUAAGUCGGAAGAAACACCAACGCCUGCUGCUCCUGCCGCUGAGGUUAAACCGGAAGAGCCAGCUCCUGCAACAGAAGCCAAGCCCGAAGAGACUCCUGCUGCGGACCAGCCCGCGGAGACUCUACCUACUGAAGCCAAACCAGAGAGUUCUGAACCCUCCGCAGCUCCAGCCGCUACUCCUGCUCCAGAAAAGAAGACUGAGGAGCCAGUUCCUGACACAAAGACCGAGACUCCAGCCGAAGCUCCAGUGGCCACCACUGUAGAGCCCCCCGUUGAGGCUGCUGGCCCAUCUGAGAAUGCUGCGGAACCAGCGAAACCUGCUGAGCCGGAAAAGCCCUCUGGGGCUGUUGGACCCCUUAAGAAUGUCUUGCCCCUUAACUAACCCGCCGCAUGGUAAUCGCAACCACGAUUCAUCGAUAUCUAUCUUAUCCUUUCCCUAUGUCUGCAAUUGCUAGCCUCUGCUCGCCUCAUACCCCAAUUUCUACUUUGUGCUGAAUUUCGAUACCUUUGCUUGUUUUUUCUUUUUUCUUUUUUUUUUCUUUUUAUUGAUAUGACAUCGUACAAUACACUGUGCUGUCUUUACUAGUCGUGGUUUCGCCCCGUCUGAAUGGCCUCCUGUCGCCUACUAAUCAUGGCUAGAAUUGGCCAAUCGCACUAAUUUGCUUCUCAUACCCUAGCUGUUGUUCUUCAUGACGACACGAAUGGAGAUAGAAU